AUGCUACGCUUUGUGGUCUUCUCAUUGGUCUCCCUUGCCAUCGUCAUGAGCUGCAUGGGACAAAUGUUCCAAUAUUCACGUGGUUGGACAAACGGCAAGAGGUCAUCAGCUCAUUUACUUCAAGAGGAUCCAACAAUGGCUGAAAUAGUAUUUGAAGUUCCAUCAGAGUCCGAGAGACGUUUAGAAAGAUGUAUUAUUCAAUUACAACGUUUCAUUCAAAAUCCAUAUUUCAUCCGACCAUCAUAUGCGGCUACUGCUGGUGGCAAUCUUUUCUCAAACGGAAACGUUGGCGGCAUCACCAGCAGUAAUCGUCAUCAAUCAAAUGAAAUUUUCGAAGAUUUGGCAGCUUCUGGUUCGUCUUCGUCGUCUGCUGAUGGUUUGUUCUCCACAAAGCAAAAUUGAAGGAUUAAUUAUUGUAACAGCCCUUCCAAAAUUAACAACAACAACAACCACAUCACUUCCGCACCGUAUUGUUCCUCCAAUCUCCUAUAUUAUAAAUGAAUCGCUUUUGGACUUAAGCCACUACGCGUUGUUAUGCUACCACAAGUUAUAAUAAUGCGUCCUGAACUUUGUUCUUAAUCAAUAUCAAAUAAAAUUUGUAUUCGUUAAAUAAUUUAAAUUGACAAUUAUAGAAAAUUAUUUAUGGAUAAACAAAACAC